UGCGUCGAAUCGUGUAUUCGUUGUUGGUGUGUGUGUGGGUUUUGUUCGCUUCUCAACUUCUUUAAGUGACGAAUUAAAUAAAAAAUAUACAAUUUUAAGCACAUAUUAUUUGACUACAAACUUCAAUCAAGCAUUAAAUUUUAACAAACGUCUUUUCUUGUUUAUAUUUAUAAUUUUUUAAGAGAAAAGUUCAAUAUAAAAAUUUACAGCAAAUGUCAUCAAGCGUAUCAGAUCAGAUGAAAGUGCCCGGAAACACAGCAAAAACUGUUGAGGAGCGGAACAUCCCAUGGAGUCAGCAAGUCGAUGAAGCUUCAUAUGAAAACUUAUCGUCCCCAGCAAUCGAUGAAAAUAUAUGCUCCCACCACAGCUCAAUGCAGUUUCAAUUUCCGCCAUUUAAUGUAAAAGAGAGUCAAAAUGUUUCCUGGAGCAACCAAAAACCAAGAAAACCAAACAACUAUGACUCGAGUAAAAAGCAUGGAAAACCAGCAACAUAUAGCAAUACGAAGAAAGAUGACUUCCAAUCGAACCCAUGGGGUAACCAAAAAAAAGGGAAACAUGUAACCGACAAUUCUUCAAAUAUUAACAGAUCGAUCAGAACGGAAAAUAUGUACGCGUCGAGUAAAUUUGAUAGCAAGGCAAUUAUAAAUAUACCAACAGAGGAAAAGAAAACAAUUGUGCCACCCCCUACUUCUGUGCCCAAAAAAACGACUUGGGCAUCAAUUGCUUCGCAACCAGCAAAGUUGACUUCAAGGACUAAUCUUUCAACAUUAAGUCAUAAAAAGAAAGGUCCGGGUAUGCCUCCGCCACCAAUGGUGCCAGGGAAGCAUAACCUGGAUGUAAAUACAUGGGAGUUGCCAAAUAACAAUCCUCCGCCUGCACCAUCGCCUCCUGCGUCAACUGAUACAUCAUUUGCAGAAACUGAUCCUAAUUAUACGGUCGGAAUCGGAUGUGAUUAUGAAAUUGAGGUGCACACAGAUAGAAGUUAUAAAGGAAGUCAAUAUGUUCGCGAAGAAAAUAAGGCGAAUUAUAAUAACAGUAAUUAUGGGCGUGCCCGAACUUCGCCAACUAAUAAUUCACGUAAGAGUUGGUCCGUCCAACCUCUUGACCAAAGUAGUCGUGGACCUGGAAGUGCAAGUGCAGGUCAAAGACGUUCUGAUAACAUAAUUGGAAAUAGUGGUCAUCAAGCCCGAUUCACUGAACGUAGAAAUACUUAUACGCGUUUGGAACCAGAAUCUGCAGCUCAUGAUGUCGACGAACCUCGGUUGGAACAAAGUUUAAACGUUGAAGAACUUACUCCGGAAGCAUCGAACGCAGUGCUAGAAAAAUUGCAUGACAAAAAUAACUACAAUCCUUUGGAAAUCGACUUGAAUAUUGCAACUUCAGCAAGAUUUUUUGUUAUUAAAUCGUAUUCGGAAGAUGAUAUUCAUCGGAGCAUUAAAUAUGAGAUUUGGUGCUCAACUGAUCAUGGCAACAAGAGACUAGAUGACGCUUUUAAAGAACGACAAAAGGAGGGUGGAGAAAUACUUCUCUUCUUUUCUGUAAAUGGCUCCGGCCAUUUUUGUGGCAUGGCUCAAAUGAUGACCGCUGUUGAUUACAAUUCCACGUCCAGCGUCUGGUCCCAAGAUAAGUGGAAAGGAAAAUUUAAAGUUAAAUGGAUUUAUGUUAAAGAUGUUCCCAACACCAAACUAAGGCAUAUUCGUCUAGAAAAUAAUGACAAUAAAUCUGUUACAAACUCACGCGACACUCAAGAAGUGCCCAAUGCUAAAGGUAUCGAAGUUCUUCAAAUACUCCAUUGCUAUAAACACUCUACGUCCAUUUUCGACGAUUUUUAUCAUUACGAAAAAAAACAAGAAGAGGAAGUUUCAAAAAAGCCAAAUCCGUACGAUAAUUUAACAAUGGCAUCACCCGUUAGCAGACAUUACAGCCGUCAAAGUGACGACCGAGAUAGGGAAAGGGAUAGUCGAGGAAUCGGCGGAUCUCAAAAAUAUUUCAUUGGCGGUAGCACUAGUUUUCGUGAACGAAAUAAUUCAUAUCGUGGAAGUUUUCAUAACAAUUUCAAUGACCAACGCCGAAACGACAGCCACAGAAUGGGCCCCGUUGCAGAUUCACAACAAAAGGAAAGGGAUGAUCGAACUGAUGCUGACGUGGAUAGAGAUAAUAAUGAGUAUGGAAGCCGACACGGGCAUAAAUUUGAUUAUGGACAGCGUCUGAAGCACAGAGAGCGAGAUUUUAGUGAAAAAGAAACGAAAUUCCGGACGUCAUCAAAAGAAAUAUUAAAAGACAACGAAUAUGACUACUGAUAAAGCAUGAAUAAAAAGCUGACUAUGAAGAAUAUUAAAUAUGCACAUAUUAUUACGGAGAUAAAACAGUAAUACGAUGGUGAAUUAUGAGAACAAUAUAUUAUGAAGAGAUCAAUUAUGUUGUUAUUCUUAUGUUGAUUUUCGCUGAAAAGAAAACCUUGCACAUAUUUUGUCACAUUUUGACGUAUAAUGAGGAAUUCUUAUUAUGUGAUUGGCAAAACAAAUGUUGAACCAAUCAAUUGAUUAUUUAGAUCCAGGGUUUGCAACGUCAUUCCAUAGAGUUACACUGUAAUUAAUAAAAAAAUAAUAUGACGUACAUUCACAAAUUCAUGUAUAUACAUUAUUAUUUUGAAGUAAACGUUAUUAUAUUUUACGCAUCCGCUGCAUGCGAAUUUUGCAACAUAAAAAAAAUAAAUAAAUAAAAUCCGACGACCUCAAAUUUCAAGGGUACUGACUGUAUUAUCAAAACCGUUUGUUUCAAAACUUCUCAAUUUCACGGAUUUUUUACGCAAAAAUUAAAUGCAGAGAGUUAUCAAAAACUAAAAAAAAUCCAUAAAAUUCCUUAAUAUUUAUUAUAUUAAAAAAUGUCAACUAAAAUUUUAAUUUUUAAAGCCAAAGAAUUUGGCAAACCUACAGACGACACUUUUAAAGUUAACUCACAAAAGUUGUUCUAGCUUCCAAACGGCCUCAAACCAAGUAUUUAAAUAACAGAAUGCUGGAUCUCGUAAAUUAAUUUUUUAAGAUUGGCUGUUGAAAAUCAUCAGCCAGCAUUACAACCUCACGCAUCAAAACUUUCGAAGGGGUUUUAUUAGAGUUUACAUCAAUGGUAUCUGAACUCACAUUCUGACACCUGAGAACCUAGUCCUUUUAUAAAAUACCUUUUUGUCUGGCUUUUGGGUACUGACACCAUUCCAAAAUAAAUAAAGUGUCGUAGAGAACGUUUUUACGCCAACCCCACCUAAAAGUCCUUGCCAACGCUAUGUUGACCGAAGGUAGUACUGUAAGAAACUCAUUUCCCAGAGAGCGUCCCAUGAUUUCAAGUUUUGAGCUGACAACAAUGGCGAAUCACGAGAGAAUGAGUAGUUCUAGCUCGUUAAAUGAUUACGAGUACAACUACUUACAAACAAAUUCACUGCUUCUAACCCGAAAAAACACAUUUUAUUCACAUCAAACAAGUUAAUUAAAAUACGGUGUUAAAACCUCAAAACUAUUGUAAUAGUAUUAUUAGAAAGCAAAAACACUACAAAUAUUCUAAAUAAAUUAUAUUUAAGAAAUUUUGCACGUAUUUUUAAAUAUAAAAAAUUACAAAAAUUCUUCAAUAAACUCCCAAACUUGCAUAUUUUA